AUGCCUCCGGACCGCCGCUUACCCUCCCGGCCCCACCGCCAUCCCCUUGGCAGGGAGAACAAGCCCAGUCGCCACAGUCGGAAUCAAUCUGAAACACGCUUCGCGGAAUGUGGAUCUCGCGGAGGUGGGCGGACACCUCGCAACCAUCCGCCAACUCACUCGGCGAUGUUCAGUCCAACCUCGGACCUCGGUAGCCUAUCCUACUACACGAUCUACCCGCAUUCCAUGGUACGCACUGCUCAAGGCGAGCGCUUUAACGGGAUGUGGACCAGCGAACACCGCCGGGCUCAAAUCGCCGAGCUCCUCGUCAAGGAGUACCCCACACUCUUCGCCGCUGGCAUCAUCAACAUCGAGGAGGUCUACGCACGUGUCAUGGAGAGACAUGCGGUGGAAGCCUGUAUCGAUGGGAUGCGGCCCGAGCUGCUCAAGAAGACAGUCGAAGGAGCAAAGAAGGAGCUGGGCGGGGGUGUCAAGGUCAGCGAGGCGCUGCUGAGGCGAUGGGUACGGAAGAUACUCGAGAGCACAAUCAAAAAGGUCCUCGAUACCUCGGCUGGCGAGAAAGCAUGGCGGGCUACACUACGACAAGUCCUGUCAUUCAUCACCGCACCCAUACAGGAGGAGGGACGAUGGUCCAAGGAGAGGAUGCGCUGGAAGGUCCUGGUGGCAGUCAGGGCUCGAGAUACCCGCGAACCUCCCUAUCCACACCCCUACAUUCGCCAUAUCCGCCUCAAACACGAUGGCCUGGGCAAAAUCGGCGACCGAUGGCUAAGGCACCGAAAAUCGACAUGGAAGAAGAAACAGAAUGAGAUGGGUCUCAGAGCGUUGAAAGGGUUCGGGAGUCCUCUACGACGGGAGAUCAAGGCGGAAUCGGGGGAUGAUCCGGAGGGCAGCUCAAGCCCUACAACGAUGAAGGGGAGCGACGGCAGCAUGUCUCCGGAGGUGGUUGCGUGGGAAGUGGGGAUGGAGAUUGACGAGGAGGAAGGGGAUGCGAUUGAGGUGGCGGAGAUGCUGUAUGUGGUGAAGGGCGAGGUGGUGAAGGGCGAGGUGGAAGGGCAUAUAAGCAAUGGCCAGGAGACGAAGGUUACGAUUGUCGAGGUUGAGGCGGAGGAGGCGGAGGGGAAGAGUGCAACGGUGAGAGGAUGGAUGGACGUGCGAAGGUCUGUACCACGACGUGGGCGGACGAAGGGUCUCUCAGGAUACCUUGACCGCGAAUGCCCAAUGAAGGGGGAACCGGACUGGAAGUAA